CGUGGAUGUGGUUAGAGCGCUAUUGAGCAGAGGCAACAGCAUCAGCGUGAGCUCAGACAGACGCGGGCAUCUCACGAGCCGGAGUUCCGAGAGCAGUCAUCCGUGUGUUUUGUCGCUUUUGGGACCAUUGUUGUCCUCUAUUAUCCCCUCUUUUCGUUUGAUCUAGACAAGAAAAAGAAACCAUUCGCCAUAUGAUGGUAGCCUAAAAUGCUUUUUUUGAAAUUGGAGUACUUUUGGUGUGGAAUGUUAUUCGCAUGAAGCCGGGGUCUCUUCUCUACGUUGGAGCGCAUGUCAUGUUUUCAAUGGAUUUGAAUAGAGUGGAAAUACCUUGGAAAUAAAAUUAAGUUUUGUUCAAAUCAAAUUGCAGUUGAAUAUGCUUCACGUGGACAGAUACACAAUGAUUCUUACCACUCUUUACGUCGUUUUGUCUCUUUUAGAUGUAUUGUCGUUUGCCCAAGAAAACGUCUUAUCUGGAACGAACCGUCUCGAUUGUGUCAAAGCGAGCGAGCAGUGUCUGAAGGAGCCGGGAUGCAGCUCCAAGUACCGGACAAUGAGACAGUGCAUAGCCGGGAAGGAGAGCAACUUUAGCAUGGUAUCCGGACUGGAGGCGAAGGACGAAUGUAGGAGUGCCAUGGAUGCGCUCAAACAGAGUCCCCUGUACAACUGCAGGUGUAAAAGAGGGAUGAAGAAGGAGAAGAACUGCCUGCGCAUAUACUGGGGAAUCUAUCAGACAUUGCAAGGGAACGAUUUCCUCGAGGACUCUCCGUACGAAACGGUGAACAGUCGUCUGUCUGACAUAUUCCGGUUGGCUCCAAUUAUUUCAGAGGGAGGGGUUGGUGCAGACCCCUGGAGCAGUCCGGCCAGCUCGGCCCCAGGGAGGGGCCCUCAGGGCGGGGGAGCCCAGGGCAGAGGCCCCCUGGACAGGGACCGGGGAGUGGAGCUCCAGGACCCCAGUAGAAACAGAAGGGCUCAUCCAAAUUGGGCUCUACUCGGAGAACCGGCGGUGACCAGGGAGAACAACUGCCUGAACGCUGCCAAGGCCUGCAACCUGAACGACACGUGUAAGAAGUACCGCUCGUCCUACAUCAGCCCCUGCACCAGCCGGGUGUCCACCGCCGAGGUCUGCAACAAGAGGAAGUGCCACAAGGCGCUGCGGCAGUUCUUCGACAAGGUCCCGCCCAAACACUCGUACGGCAUGCUGUUCUGCUCCUGCCCGCCCGGCGACCAGUCGGCCUGCUCGGAGCGUCGCCGCCAGACCAUCGUGCCCGUGUGCUCCUACGAGGACAAGGAGAGACCCAACUGCCUGCUACUGCAGGAGUCCUGCAAGACCAACUACAUCUGCAGGUCUCGUCUGGCUGACUUCUUUGCUAACUGCCAGCCUGAGCCUCGCUCCCUGUCUGGCUGUCUGAAGGAGAACUACGCAGACUGCCUCCUGUCCUACUCUGGUCUUAUUGGUACGGUGUUGACCCCCAACUAUCUGCGCUCCCCCAAGAUCAGCGUGUCCCCCUACUGUGACUGCAGCAGUAGUGGCAACAGCAAGGAGGACUGCGACAAGUUCACAGAGUUCUUCACUGAUAACACCUGCCUCCGGAACGCCAUCCAGGCAUUCGGUAACGGGACCGACGUGGGGGUGUGGCAGCCCAUGCCCCCGGUACAAACGACCACCUCUACCACCACCCCCUACCAGAAGAGCAGGGAGCGCUCCCCCAACUCUCUGGACGCCGCCGCCACGCACAACAACCACCUCAACGCUGGAGACCAGAGCAUCUACCACUUCUGUGGCAGCCUACAGGCUCAGAAACUGAAGUCCAAUGCCUCUAUUGAUGGAGUGUUGUGUGUGGACCCUCAGAUAGACGACCCUGGAACAUCCACCGCCAUCUUAGGUUCAGCCACCCCGAGGACCUCUAUGCUGCCCCCUCAGGCCUGGAUGCUGUACUGCACCCUGGUGGCGCUCUACCCAGCUACCGUCUUGUAGCCGCACCGGCGGUCACAAACACACAGACUGACAACACUUUGUACAAAAAAACAAACAUACAAGAAACAACAUUCUCUGUUCCCAGUACACCUGUUGUGUUUUUCUUUCCCUGGUUCCCUGACUCCUUUCUUGAAUUCUGGUUUUUAGAGGCUUACGUUGACGCAGUGUGCUAAAGUGAUAUUAACGUGCUACUCGGUUUUGCUCUGUGUUUCCGUGAAAGGGAAAACGUUUUCCGUUGCGGAAUCGGCAAUCUUAAGCGCAGAAGACGCGUUGUGGCAUCGCCGUACAUAACCGCAGGUAUCUGGGGUAGUGACCCACUGCACUGUGCAACCAUGAGAUAGUCAUUUAGGACUGUGCAUCUACAUUGAGGAGGCGUCUUUGAGACAAGAUGUCCACUGUCACUUCUUCAAAGAGUGGUUCAAAUGAGGUAGGCAUUUAGAUGUAACUAUAUCUCAUCUGUGAUGUGUGUGUGUGUGUUUUGAAAUGGUGUAUGCCAUGCUUUAACAUUAGAAGGAGUAAAGGGGUCAGGAAUACAAAUAGAGCAAAGGAUUCCCUAAAUUUCCCCAAGAGUGAUCUCCAAGGAUUGGAAUCUUCAGUCCUAAACGACUAUCGAGGCCGUCCUUCAGCCAUAUUGUCACAUGCUCCUCACCCUGCAUUGGCUGAGCUGAACCCUUAACAUGUUUGAGCUCUGAAUCACACACACGCACACAAGCAUGCAAAGCACACAGGCAAAGACUAGCACACACAUACACUCUUGUUUAUCUUUCCCCUAGAAACUUGUAUAUUCAGCUAUUAUGUAGAGGAGUUCAGUAGGCCUAUAACAACAUCUAGUUCAGGACUUCUCUCAGCUAGAUAUAAGAAGAUAAUAGGUAAGGUAGAUCACGAUGGAUUGUAACACUAUGGCAGGACACUAUUCAAAGCUUUUCUGGUAGACAAAGUAAUCAACUUCAGCAGGUGUGGGAGUAUCGUAAGCUUCCAUGCCUAAAAGCGUUCCGGACGGGGAGUAGGUUGAGUACUUUCAGGCGUGAGUCUCGCAGGGAAGGUGAAGACGCUGUGAUAGGAAGUGUUGUCCCUGACUCUCAUAGCCGUUGCUUUAUGAUACACUACUAUUACGCACACUUUUCUCCACACAGCCCAGCCAUCUGUUCAGGAUAGUGUCACAUUGACUUGACAACGGCAAACCUGUCAUUCACGUCGAGGUACAAACAAGAUGCCCUCAUCACAGAGUGCAGUUACAAACUGUACCAUGUGACCCCCCCCCCCUCUCCGCCGAUACGUAGAUGAUCGCGUUUUGUACUGUAUGUUUAUCCUGAGCAUUUCCAGGGAAAGAAUCGGCGUUGUAUCAUAAUCGUGUGUAAUUCUCUGAAGUAAUGUUCCAAAAAAAAGUUCUGCAUUUCAUCAUGUUUUGGGAUCAAACGUGGAACCUAUUCCGACCCAGUACACAGUCACCUCACGCAUACGUAGCAUGUGAAGCUAAUGCGUUAGUCAUUGGAACAGUUGAAAACAUUUAUGACAUGCUGCUUGGUUUUAUGACAUGUUGUGUGGCUUCUCAAAAACGUAAUGUAUAGUACACAUUAUUUACAGGGCAUUACAAUGAUAUAUGUAUGUACUUGAUUGAAACUUGUAAUUUGGACAAUAAAUGUCUUAUUAUGAUAUUCUGUUUGGGAGCACUAUGAGCCAUUUUUAAAUUUAGAUUACAGAAUACGCCGAUUUAAACUACAUUUUCUUGUUUUUUUCUUCAUAUAAAACAUAUGUAUCCCCAAUAUACUGUAUAUAACUUGCAUUGGAAAAGGAGGACAUAAAUGUAUGUGCGCCCUGCUAUGUUUCCUAAGCAAACUAAUGAUGUAACAUAUGCCCACUGAAGAGUGAAGUUGGCUGUCUCAUCAUUUUGGGGAUGUACCUUGUUAUUUUUCUAUCUUUUAUUUUUCCGGCCUUUCUUUCCAGUUUCUAUGUCAUGCUUUAGGACCAUUGACCAGGAUAGCCUGGUCACACAAUUCGGUGUGCUUUAGGACAUACUCUGUGGACUGCAGUGAAUGUUCUGUGACAUCACAACACAUGGGGAGGGGCCUAGCUCACCGCUUAAGCACAGACACGUGUGGAGGGAGGCUUCUACAGGGCUGCAGUUAGAGAAUAUUGCAUGGGUGAUGAGAAACGCAAUAACAGAGCAUAAGAGUUUGAAUCUGAUCCAUGGGUGGGGUCAACAUGCCUUGGGUGGCUUCUUCUAAUUGGUCACUGGUGUCCAAGCUACAGGGUGUCCAGCUGAUAGUUUCACAGAGACAAGGUGAAUGUGUUCGGAUGAGGGGUGCUGGACGGCCAUCUUAAAUAUUCCACACAGAAAAAUGGUGCAGAGUAUAUUUGUAUUCAUCUCCAUGAUGUCGGUUGUUUAAAA